AUGCUCAGGCUCCGGUGGUCUCUCUGUCUGCUCCUCGCCGUGUUGUGUAUUUCCGGUUCGGUUGACCGGGUUGGAGCUCAAAACCGAACCGGAGCCACUACUGAUCCCGAAGAAGCGCGAGCUUUGAACGCCAUCUUCGCGGCUUGGGGGAGGCGGGCGCCGGCGGAUUGGAACAUCAGCGGCGAACUCUGCUCCGGCGCCGCCAUCGAAGACAGUGUGACAGACACAAACCCAGCCUACAACCCUCUUAUCAAAUGCGACUGCAAUUUUGUCAACUCCACAGUCUGCCGCAUCACCGUCCUCAAGGUUUAUGCGUUGGAAGUUGUAGGCCCUAUUCCUCCACAGCUCUGGACUUUGCAAUACCUCACCAAUCUGAACUUGGGUCAAAAUGUUCUCACAGGCUCCCUGCCUCCUGCUGUUGGAAAUCUGACUCGAAUGCAAUACAUGACUUUUGGGAUCAAUGCACUGUCUGGCCCUGUUCCUAAGGAAAUUGGUUUGCUUACGGAUUUAAGAUCCCUUGGGAUUAGUUCCAAUAACUUUUCCGGCUCUAUACCACCUGAGAUUGGGACUUGUACAAAACUAGAGAAACUGUACAUAGGAAGCUCAGGACUCAGAGGGGCAAUUCCUUCAUCAUUUGCUAGUCUUGUGGACCUGCAAGACGCCUGGAUUACGGAUCUCGAAGUUACAGGAAGGAUACCAGACUUUAUAGGACAGUGGACCAAACUUACUACCUUGAGAAUUUUUGGAACUGGUCUGAGUGGUCCGAUACCGUCCUCUUUUUCCAACUUAACUUCUUUGACAGAACUGAGGCUUGGUGAUAUAUCCAAUGGAAGCUCUACCCUUGAAUUCAUCAAAGACAUGAAAUCUCUAAGUACAUUAGUAUUGAGGAACAGCAAUCUCACUGGGACGAUACCAUCUACUAUCGGAGAAUUCUCUAAUUUGCAGCAAGUUGAUUUAAGCUUCAACAAACUACAUGGACCAAUUCCGGCUUCACUUUUCAACUUAAGUCGACUUACUCACUUGUUUCUGGGAAACAACACGUUGAAUGGUUCUUUGCCCACUCAAAAGAGGCAGACUUUGAGCAAUAUAGAUGUGUCGUACAAUGAUUUGUCUGGAGAUCUUCCUUCAUGGGUCAGCUUACCAAACUUGAAACUAAACCUAGUUGCUAACAACUUCACCUUGGAAGGUCUUGACAAUAGUGUUUUAUCAGGACUGAGAUGCCUGCAGAAGAAUUUCCCCUGCAAUCGAGGCAAAGGAAUAUAUUCUGAAUUUUCGAUCAACUGUGGAGGCCCACAAAUACGGUCUGUUAGCGGAGCAGUAUUUGAGAGGGAGGACGAGGAACUUGGACCAGCUUCAUUUGUCGUGAGUGAUGUUAGGAGAUGGGCAGCCAGUAGUGUAGGGCUUUUUGCCAGCAGUAACAAAAAUAUAUACAUAGCUACUUCACAGUCACAGUUUAUCAACACUUUGGACUCAGAGCUUUUUCAGUCAGCAAGACUCUCUGCAUCUUCCCUAAGGUAUUAUGGGCUGGGGCUAGAAAAUGGAGGCUAUACAGUAACACUUCAGUUUGCUGAGAUACAAAUUCUUGGUUCUAUUUCGAACACAUGGAAAGGUUUAGGAAGACGACGUUUCGACAUUUAUGUCCAGGGAAGACUUGUUGAAAAGGAUUUUGAUGUACGCAGAACAGCUGGUGACUCUACUGUUCGAGCAGUUGAGAGAGAGUAUAAAACAAACGUAUCAGAAAAUUACCUGGAAAUUCAUCUUUUCUGGGCUGGCAAAGGAACAUGUUGCAUUCCUAUCCAAGGGGCCUACGGGCCAUUAAUAUCGGCAGUCAGUGCAAAACCAGAUUUCACACCAACUGUGGGCAACAAGCCACCUUCAAAGGGAAAGAACAUGACUGGACUGAGAUGCCUGCAGAAGAAUUUCCCCUGCAAUCGAGGCAAAGGAAUAUAUUCUGAAUUUUCGAUCAACUGUGGAGGCCCACAAAUACGGUCUGUUAGCGGAGCAGUAUUUGAGAGGGAGGACGAGGAACUUGGACCAGCUUCAUUUGUCGUGAGUGAUGUUAGGAGAUGGGCAGCCAGUAGUGUAGGGCUUUUUGCCAGCAGUAACAAAAAUAUAUACAUAGCUACUUCACAGUCACAGUUUAUCAACACUUUGGACUCAGAGCUUUUUCAGUCAGCAAGACUCUCUGCAUCUUCCCUAAGGUAUUAUGGGCUGGGGCUAGAAAAUGGAGGCUAUACAGUAACACUUCAGUUUGCUGAGAUACAAAUUCUUGGUUCUAUUUCGAACACAUGGAAAGGUUUAGGAAGACGACGUUUCGACAUUUAUGUCCAGGGAAGACUUGUUGAAAAGGAUUUUGAUGUACGCAGAACAGCUGGUGACUCUACUGUUCGAGCAGUUGAGAGAGAGUAUAAAACAAACGUAUCAGAAAAUUACCUGGAAAUUCAUCUUUUCUGGGCUGGCAAAGGAACAUGUUGCAUUCCUAUCCAAGGGGCCUACGGGCCAUUAAUAUCGGCAGUCAGUGCAAAACCAGAUUUCACACCAACUGUGGGCAACAAGCCACCUUCAAAGGGAAAGAACAUGACUGGUACUAUUGUGGGUGUUAUUGUUGGCCUGGCACUUUUGAGCAUAUUUGCAGGUGUGGUUAUCGUCAUCAUCCGAAAGAGACGAAAGCGGUACACAGAUGAUGAAGAGAUACUUAAUAUGGACGUAAAGCCUUACACCUUUACCUACUCUGAACUUAAAAGUGCAACUCAAGAUUUUGAUCCCUCUAACAAGCUUGGGGAGGGAGGAUUUGGGCCUGUUUAUAAGGGAAAACUCAGUGAUGGAAGAGAGGUAGCAGUGAAGCUGUUGUCGGUGGGAUCACGGCAAGGGAAGGGGCAAUUCGUUGCAGAAAUCGUAGCAAUUUCUGCAGUUCAACAUCGCAACUUAGUAAAACUGUAUGGGUGCUGCUAUGAAGGAGAUCAUCGUUUGCUCGUAUAUGAAUACCUUCCUAACGGAAGUCUUGAUCAGGCUCUAUUUGGGGAUAAGCCUUUAAAUCUUGAAUGGUCAACCCGUUAUGAGAUAUGUUUGGGAGUAGCCAGAGGUCUAGUCUACCUCCACGAGGAGGCGAGGCUUCGCAUAGUACACAGAGAUGUGAAGGCCAGCAACAUUUUGCUCGACUCUCAACUUGUCCCAAAAGUUUCUGAUUUUGGGCUUGCAAAACUAUACGACGACAAGAAAACCCACAUAAGUACUCGAGUAGCAGGGACAAUUGGAUAUCUUGCGCCAGAGUAUGCCAUGCGUGGGCAUCUAACAGAGAAAACCGAUGUGUAUGCGUUUGGUGUUGUGGUUCUUGAGCUAGUGAGUGGAAGGCCAAACUCUGAUGAGAAGCUGGAUGAUGAGAAAAGAUAUCUUCUUGAAUGGGCAUGGAAUCUACAUGAGAAAAGCCGUGAAGUUGAACUAAUUGAUCAUCAGCUGUCUGAAUUCAACAUGGAAGAAGUGAAACGCAUGAUAGGCAUUGCUCUGCUUUGCACUCAGACAUCUCAUGCGUUGAGACCAUCAAUGUCACGAGUGGUGGCUAUGCUUGCAGGAGAUGUUGAGGUGAGUGAUAUAACCUCGAAGCCAGGGUACCUAACCGACUGGAGAUUUGAUGACACAACAAGCUCCUCUCUCAGCGGCUUUCAAACCAAAAACACAGAAUCUUUCUCCACGGGCUUUGUGACACCUGGUUCCGAGAUUUCACCCAGAAACGCAGACGCUAAGCCAAUGCUUGGAACCAAGAUCAAUGAGGGAAGAUGA